CGGACACAUACGGUAGUCAGCUGACUGAAAUGUUGACAAAGCAAGUUGGCCGCCGGUAGAGGAACAAAAAUGCUAGAUUCCUCUGACGAUGACUAACUGGUCAGCUUCUAACAACUACAAUGGCCGAUGAUUACUCCAGGUCUACCUGUGAUAUUGUAUAAUCCCGUUCUAUCGAUUUCGUCCUUGUGUGGCCUCACGGUUGCCAGUUUGUACCGUAGGCACUGUUGAUUUUCUCAGGUUUUAUUCUUGCCUGACCUGCGAUCCAUGUAAAAGGUGAACAAGAAAAGAGAAUAAACACCAGAAAGCACUACUGUGAGUAUGGACAUCCAGAGCGAGAGGAGUAGACUGCUGGAUGCGGAGAGUAGAAAUGAAGACCCUACAGGACUCAUGUCUGAGCAGGAUGCUUAUCUGAGUAAAGUGAAAAACAAGAAUUUAUACCUGGCCACAUUUGCGUCUGUUCUGGGUCCCAUGAGCUUUGGGUUCGUGUUGGGAUACAGCUCUCCUACCAUCCCUGAACUUACCAGCAUCACUGACCCUCGACUGCGGUUGGACAUUGACCAGGCCUCCUGGUUUGGGGUAUGAUAGCAGCCAUGAUGAUUUAAUAUCACAUGCUUCAAAGCACAACAGCUUUUGGACGAUGUGUUUUGAACUUAUCAGCAGUUUUAUGUCGUCACAUGCUGUCCAAACACACCUCACUGGAUUCAUUUGAGUUCAAAGCCCACUGCAGUGACAGUAUAAAGAAACACAUAAGAAUGCUCUUAUAGCAGCAAGAGUCAAGCACAAGUAAAAAUGAAAACUUUGGUUGACUUUGGCUUCUUAUGUAUGAAGAGAAACAUGUUUAAAGAUAAAAACAGGGAAUUUCCUGAAAAUUUAGUAGUUAUUUAAACAAGUAGAUUAUAAAUAUAUAAUAUUCAAAUAUAAAUGUAUGAAAUACAUUUAUAUUUUUAGAGUUAAUUCAUUUGUGUGUUCUGAAGCACAAGACAUGGUGUUAAUUCCAUACUCAGCAUUUAGACACUCAAAUAAAAAGACAGACUGUUAUGGUGCACUGUAUACGGAAUAGGGCAUCAUUUCAGAGCACAGCUAAUGUUAGGUAAGUGACAGUUGAAUUGUCCCGGUUGAAUCAAUGCAGAAGAUUAAAAACUGAGUUUUUACUCCUCACUCUAGGUCUCAAAACUGAGUGCCUUCACUUUAAAACUGUGCCUGUGCUGCCACCUAUUGGAUUACAGUAUGUAAUAACAUCCUAAUUAAAGGAUAGUACCACCAUAUAUUGGAAAAGUGUUACCACUGCUGUCUUAUCCUUUGUGUUUGAAGAUUAUGUAGGUCCAAUGUGUAAUGUUUGUCCCUAUAGUUUAUUUUUAUAGUUUGUCCACAUAAAAGAGUGUGCAGUUCUUGUGCUGAAUGAUUUCCUCUACUGUCCAGGUUCAAACAAUAAGUGCGAGUUAAAGAAUCAUUGUUGUGGUUAAACUCACAGUGUAAAAGGUAUCGUUGAAAGUGAUUCACAAUGUGUGUAGCAAGUAAAUCAAACUUGGAUCAUUCUGUCCUGAAACAAAGGGAAAUGCAUACAAAAACACAACACUCAGACAUCAAUUUAUUGCCACCAUCAUCUCUGAGACAGACUUUCAAGAGCAUCUAAAAUCCUGGACUCCAGAAAGACCACCUGGUGGGUGGUGCUUUGUGAGGUGUGGAUCAGUAUGGUGUACAGCUUUGUACUUAUUUAGAAAUAAUCGAAACCAUUUUCUUACCCUGCCACAGUCAACACACAAGAACAUCUGUAGUUCAGCAUCAUGCCAACAUCACCUUAUGUUUCAAAGCUCAACAUCCACUUUGUAGCUGUGGCAUUAGGAAAUGAGAUGAGAAACGAUCAACUUGUCAUCUUUGAGUUUCUGUUAUAAAUUUGCUUUUAGCAUCUUUUUGCUACUUGAAUUAAGACAUUACAAUACAAUCAAAUAAAAAUCUGACUUUCACACAAAUGAGAA